CUAUUUAUCACUUGCUAAUCAUGAAACUUAUUCACAUUGAAUAUACCAUGAGAAAACGUUCGCUGUAGAGGUAAAACGAUAAACUUUGUCUAUUUAGCUGAUGCAGGCGGUGAUACAACAGAUAUAAGAAAAAAUCAGAAUGUCAUCCCCAGAAGUGGAGAAGUUCGAGGUGACAGAAGAUGAUCUUGCAAAUGAAUUUUAUCCACGAGGAGGCAGGAGACAAACAAAAAAUCAGGCCAUCUAUGGAAUGUGGGCCAACAGUGACGAUGAAGAUAAUACACCUGGUUUUGGGGGCGGAAGAAGAAAGAGGAAGGAUUACACUGCACCAAUUGGAUUUGUCAGCGGGGGAAUCAAACAAGGAUCUAAAAUCAAGAAAGAAGGGGAGGGGGAGGAGGACUCCUCAGAUUCGGAGAAAGAUAUACAGAUACAGAUGCCCAGCAAGCAGUUCUUAUCAAGAACAAGUAGACCACAGGGAAGAUCAGGAAAACAGUUUGCUGGGUUUGGAAAAACAGAUGUUGGAUUUGGAGAUUGGGAAAGACACACUAGAGGUGUUGGGAAAAAAUUAUUGGAAAAGAUGGGUUUCAAACCUGGGGAGGGAUUGGGAAAGCACGGCCAGGGUAUUACCACACCAGUGGAGGCAGUGAAGCGGAAAGGCAAAGCAGCAGUUGGUGCGUACGGGACGGAGAGGUCAGAAAGGUCACUGGUUGAUUUUCCUGUCCAUGACUCGGAUGAAGAAGAAGAAAAGAAGUUCAAAGAUGAACUUUCACAGUGGAAAAAGAAACCAGAGGUUGGCAAAAAGAAACCAAAGUAUGUGUAUAAAACAGCAGAAGAAAUUAUUCAAUCGGGAGUUGGAAAAAAGAAAAGUAUGCCCUCCAAAGCAUCAAAGGUCAAGGUUAUCGACAUGACUGGAAAAGAAAAAAGAGUGUUAUCAGGGUAUCAUGCAAUAGCCACACGACACAACCGACCGGACGAGGAGGAGGAUUUGAUGGAGCAGGAGCCAGGCCAGAAGAAAGCAUUCGAAAUGCCAGAGUUGAUGCAUAAUCUUAAUAUUCUGGUGGAUAUGGCAGAAGAGGAUAUUAUCACCAAUGACAGGAAAUUGCGAUACGAGAAAGAUCACAUUGUAAACAUGAGGCAUGAAAAGGAACGCUUGGAUACCAUUUGUGACCAAGAGGAGGCUCAGAUACAGAAACUGAAAAGUGUACUGGAUAUUGUAAGGAUGUGUGAGGAGAGAACACAGCCAGGAUGUGACGAUCCUCUGCAGCUGGAUGAGUGUGCAGCCAUAUUCAGCUCCCUCCAAAAUGAUUUCUAUGAGGAAUAUAAAAUGUAUGACCUCUCAUCGCUGGCAGUAGCUUUGGUCUUCCCAAUGAUGAGAAAAUAUUUUUCCACAUGGGACCCAUUAAAGGAGCCUGAAUAUGGAUUAGACACUAUCAGACAAUGGAAGAUUCUGUUAGAAGAUUACAAUCAGCAGUAUGCUGGAAAUGCCAACGACAUGGACGUCUUCCAGAGGCUUCUGUGGGAUGUCUGGCUGCCAUAUCUGAGAACCACCAUACUAAAGUGGAAUGUAAGGGUUUGUAAUCCUAUCAUAGAAGUUCUGGAAACCUGGCUUCCAGUUCUGCCUCCCUGGAUUAUGGAAAACAUCUUUGAUCAAUUGGUGUUGCCACGGUUACUACAGGAAGUGGAAAAUUGGAACCCACUGACAGACACCAUGCCAAUUCAUGCAUGGCUUCAUCCAUGGCUGCCGUUGAUGAAAGACAAAUUAGAACCACUGUAUGCUCCCAUACGACAUAAAAUUGCCAAUGCUCUCAUAAACUGGCACCCUUCAGAUGCAUCUGCGAAAGUUAUACUCCAACCCUGGGUGAGGGUGUUUAAGCCUGGACAUUUAGAAGCUUUUUUGGUGAAAAAUAUUCUACCAAAACUUGCUAUGUGUAUGCAAGAGUUUGUUAUAAAUCCACAUCAACAGAUUUUAGAUCCGUGGCACUGGGUGAUGGCGUGGUCAGACAUUAUUCCUGCUAAAUACAUGGUGGACAUGCUGGAGAAGACCUUCUUCCCCAAAUGGAGAACCGUUUUAUGUACCUGGCUCAGCAACAUGCCAAACUAUGACGAGAUCACAAAGUGGUAUCUGGGCUGGAAGUCGCUCUUCUCGGAGGAAUAUCUAUCACAGCCCUCCAUCAGAGACAACUUCAGCAAAGCUUUGGAAAUAAUGAACCGUGCUGUGUCAAGUCAUAUACAACCUGGUGUCAAAGAAAACAUGGCCUAUUUUUCCCAGAUGGAGCGUAGGCAGAUGGCAGAUGCGUCUGUUUCUUCUUCAUCACGGUCCCCUCCCAGGCAAACGGCGACUGGACCAGAGCCAACUUAUACAAGAAGUGUAACUGUGGGAUCUAACUACCAACCGACCUUCAAAGACCUUGUUGAGAAAGCAGCUGAAGAAAAUGGACUACUGUUCAUGCCAAUUGCUGGAAAAACCCAAGAGGCCAAACAAGUGUAUCGCUAUGGAAAGGUUCAGAUCUACUUGGACAGAAAUGUGAUAUUUGUGUUUGAAAACCUGAACUGGAUACCAGUUUCUUUACAAAAUCUCGUAAUGAAGGCAAAGCCUUAACACCGUGUUUAUAAAAUCACUGUUAAUCAACUGAAAUCAUUAAAUCAUGUUCAUAUGAGGACACA